AAUAAAUUUGCAUUAUGCGAGUAUCAAGUCCUUUUGAUCUAAUCGAAAUUAUUUUUGAAUAAAUUUGUAUUUAUCUGAUAAUUAUUGAAUUAAAGUGUCGCUAUUUAUGAGCAACAAUGAGUCAAAAAGAGUUCGUGCUAGACAUAAUUGUCAAUAAAUUAGAAUUGAAGGAUGAUCAAAUAAAAGAUACAAAAAAUCUUCUUGUGAAAUUUAGUUUCGAUGAUAUCCAGUUGGAUAUUACAACAAGUCGUAUAAAUGUUGCGGAUUUUGGGGAAGGGAGAAGUGUUGAAUUCUCAUCAACUUUGGAGGAUUUAAAGAGAAAACUAAGAACGACUCCAUUGGAGCUAACGAUUCUUAAUCCGAAUGUCAAUGCCGACUCUGGUGGUGACAAAUCCGAAGCAAAAUCCAACAGUAAAGUGAUUGAACAUGCUGGAGAAGGAAAUGACGGAGACACCAACUCAGAAAAGACUGAGCUGAACAGCACGUUCAAAUUAGGGACUUACACUGACAAGACCCCAUCAAAUAUUAUUGGGUCUGUAUCCUGCAAUUGGCCUUCAGCUCUCAUUGAGAAGCUUAAAGAUAACUGCACGGCAGUUAUUCCACAUAUUCAAGUUUGUGACAUUAAACGAAAUGACGAUGUUGUUGGGAACAUCACAUUGGGGAUCAUGCUGCACUGCAAAUGCGAGGAGCGACCCUCAACCACUGACCGUCCCUACACCAACGAUCGUGGUAUUUUAACUGCCUUCGAAAACAUCCACAAGGAAAUCGAGAAAAACGAUGUUUUCUUUGUUAUUGGUAAGAAACCUGAAGAACGUGAUGAUCCAAUUUCCGACUUUUUGCGAGAAGUCGCUCCUUGCUCUGAAUCUAAUAGACACCCCGUUCGACUGAAUACAAGUAGAUACAAAUUUCUUAGAGGGACUUUGGUAAAAGAUUGUGACGCCCUGAACAAUGAUGUUUGUGGACAACAAGGAGGAUGUCCUGAUUGGUAUCAACCACCAGCGAGGCCCGCCGAAAUUUUUAAGAACAAAGAAAAACGACGAUCCUGUCAUUGUGACAUCGCGCAAUUAGAGCUGGUAAAUAAAGGACGAUUAUCUACCAAAGUGAGGAAACAAAGUGGAAAACCUGAUAGAAAAGUGAAAGAAAAUGUAUGCCACCCUGUUGAAAUGCCCCAAGAAGAAAUCAAUCCCACGAAGAUGCUUCACCAAAUAUUGGAAGAUCGCCUCAAAUUGUAUGAACGUGAACAAGAAAAACUUGGCAAAGGUCGUCAAGAUGCUACCAACCUUCAAGCGAAGGAUACGCUUCCAAUUAGAUAUUGUAUCAAAUGUUGCCAAAAUUUAACAUUUCAAGCCAAAUUUGCGCCAUGUCCUAACUGUGGAUAUCGUCCUUCUAAAAAAACUGUUUUUAGAAAAGAUGAAACUGCAGAGGACAUCGCCCAAGAAUGGGACUCAGACGAAAAAUGUUUCUUGGAAAACAACGGCUUCAGCAAAUACGACCAUUGCACAUGUCAUGAAAGGGGAGAUCGUAAGAAUAAGGAUCGAAAAUGCUUGUAUUGCCGAAUUAGGAAAAUUUGCGAUGAAGUCACGGACUUCGGCCCGCAAAAUGAAAGUUUGACAAGUCCUCGUAAGGAUCGCAUCCUUUCAGAAAGUGAUAGGGACGCAGAUAAUGAAGAUGCUUUGUGCGAUGAAAUUAUAGCAGAAUAUGGCGAUGAUCCUAAUAAACAAAUUCCUAAGAAAAAAAUAUGGAAAGGGGGAGCUGAAGCGCCAAGGCUCUCACUUAUCAUGGACUUCAUGAAACAGCAAAUCGCACCACCUAUAGAAGAGCCUUUAAAUGAGAGUGUAAAGUCUAGAAAAGGUAAACCAAAGAAGGAUUUAGAAAAAACAACUAUGACGGUAAAACAGAGGAAACCAAGUAAAAACGAGGAGCAGGAGAUAGCUAGUCUGUCAAGAGAGGAACGAAUAAAGAAAAUGAUGGCGAGUAUAUGUGACCCAGAGCCUGAAAAACCACCUAAGAAAACCAAACCUAAAACUAUCAAACAACUAAUGAAAGAAAUGAAACGAAAAUACCGUCACCGCUAUUGCUAUCCAAAACGGAAGCCCGUUCUAAAGUCUGCUUUCAAUCACGACGAAUGCGUACCUGAAAGUUGCCGCGUUCCAGCAAACAUGGGUUGGCUCUGGAAUCGUGAUGCGAAAGCCAUGAAAAGAGGCUGGCGGCCAGGAAAAAUUGGUCGUUCAAUUCGAGAACUGAUGACAUAUUUCCUGACUGAGUUUCCAGUCGACACUCUACCAACAACUCAAGAAACUACUGCCUUAAAAAGGCCAUCACUUCUUCCCGAGCCUGAAGAGGAGCUGGUCCAAAAACCCACGCUCCAUAUUCAGAAGCGUUAUGGGAAAUAUUUCGUAACGAUGCAUCCACUGAAAUCGGAACAAGAACUAAAACGAAGUGCUGAUCCUUACGCAAAGGCUGACCCGAUCCAAUUCAUUGUCACAAAGGAUCCCAUUGAACUGAAACGACGCCAAAUCAAGCGCUACCUAAAGGAAAUCGGCUUUAAGAAAUGUGAAUGCAAUGAACCGAUUUCGAAAUGCACUUGCCGUAGUUACAUAGAGAAAGAGCGUCUAGAGAACUCCCUUAAGGACAUUUGUGACGUAUUGCAAACAUCAACUCUGAAAGACAUGCUUUGCUUAUCGGACACUACAGAUAGUGAAAGUCAUCUCAACAUCGAAUUCACACCACCAGCGGGAAUAAUUAAACCACACUUGAAAGAGAAACCCGAUAUUGCGGAGAUGUGCACCCAAUAUCAGGAAAAAGACUACAUCAUCGCACUUCCCGAAAGAACUGAAGCAAUGAUUCGUAAGGAAGCUAGGAAGAAAAAGAGGCAUUCUUGUUCUGGACCCAUUGCUCAAGGUCCUUGUCAAUCAGAAUCAAAACAGCGAAAAUAUCGCAAGGCGAAACAUACGACACCUGGAUCUCCUGGUAAAUCAUCAGAAAGGCACUUAGCAGGACAAGAUAGAAGACUGCACGGUAAAGACCGCAAAGGAAAGUCCGCUAAGGGUCAAACCGCCAAAGGACAAUCCACUAAAAGGCAGACGUCAGCUAAGACUAAGGGAAACAAGAAAUAGGUACGACUUAGGUAGGGUUGAAAAGGAAAAUGAAAGUGCAACCCAGAGUGUAAAUAAGUGUAGUGACUUUUUCCAAUUAAAUUAAUGGCAGUUGAAGAGCAAGAAUGAGUAGUAAAUUUUUUGAUGAC